CAGCCGCGACCGGUAGUGACGUCACGAGACUUGGCGCUCGCGGGAAAUUUUGUCUCGGUGUGGUCGGGAAGAACGCGCGCUCGCGCGGGACUUUUCAAGCGUAGGAACCCGGGAACUGGAGCUGCCAUGAGCCUCUGGGUGGAUAAGUAUCGGCCCUGCUCUUUGGGACGGCUGGACUAUCACAAGGAGCAGGCGGCUCAGCUGCGUAACCUGGUACAGUGUGGUGACUUCCCUCAUCUUUUAGUAUAUGGACCAUCAGGUGCUGGAAAAAAGACAAGAAUUAUGUGUAUUCUACGUGAACUUUAUGGUGCUGGAGUGGAAAAAUUGAGAAUUGAACAUCAGACUAUCACAACUCCAUCUAAAAAAAAAAUUGAAAUCAGCACCAUUGCAAGUAACUACCACCUUGAAGUUAAUCCUAGUGAUGCUGGAAAUAGUGACCGAGUAGUAAUUCAGGAGAUGUUGAAAACAGUGGCACAAUCACAACAACUUGAAACAAACUCUCAAAGGGAUUUUAAAGUGGUAUUAUUGACAGAAGUUGACAAACUCACCAAAGAUGCUCAGCAUGCCUUGCGAAGAACCAUGGAAAAAUAUAUGUCUACCUGCAGAUUGAUCUUGUGCUGCAAUUCUACAUCUAAAGUGAUACCACCUAUUCGUAGUAGGUGCUUAGCAGUUCGUGUGCCUGCUCCCAGCAUUGAAGAUAUUUGUCAUGUGUUAUCUACUGUGUGCAAGAAGGAAGGUCUGAAUCUUCCUCCACAACUGGCUCAUAGACUUGCAGAGAAGUCCUGCAGAAAUCUCAGAAAAGCCCUGCUUAUGUGUGAAGCCUGCAGAGUGCAACAAUAUCCUUUUACUGCAGAUCAAGAAAUCCCUGAGACAGAUUGGGAGGUGUAUCUGAGGGAGACUGCAAAUGCUAUUGUCAGUGAGCAAACUCCACAAAGGCUCCUUGAAGUUCGUGGAAGGCUGUAUGAGCUUCUAACUCAUUGUAUUCCUCCUGAGAUAAUAAUGAAGGGCCUUCUCUUAGAACUGUUACAUAAUUGUGAUGGACAACUGAAAGGGGAAGUGGCCCAAAUGGCAGCUUAUUAUGAACAUCGUCUACAGCUGGGUAGCAAGGCCAUUUAUCACCUGGAAGCAUUUGUGGCCAAAUUCAUGGCACUUUAUAAGAAGUUCAUGGAGGAUGGAUUGGAAGGCAUGAUGUUCUGACUUUUAUCAGUUAUUCUUGCAAAGAUUUCUCAAUGUCAUUAUUUACAUACAGCUUAUAUUAAGAGUUGAGGAUAAAUUAACUGUACUUAAUCAUGUUGUAUUUGUGUUUUUUUGGUAAUAACUUCUCUGUUAACUAUUAAUCAUCCUCUAAGUUAAAUAAUUGUUGCUAUACUAUUGAAUUACGUAGUUUUGUACAUAAAUGAGACUUUAGAGUCUAGGAAAAUUAUUUUAAUUUGCUUUAAACAUUUGUUAUUUAGGUAUUCAUUGUUGAUCCUCCUACUCUCUUCCGUCUAAUCUCUCACCUGCUAAAGGAGAUUUAUACAUCAGAAAGCAAAGAUUAUGUUCGUUUAUCCAGAUGACCAUUUUCUGCCACAGGUAACAUGAUUGUCUGACAGGUCAUUGUAUUUAAUUCUAGUUUCUCUCAGUGAGUAAUUACAUUUUUGUAGGAAAUGGAAGAAUUCAUUCUGAAACAUAAUGGUUGAUAUGAACAAAAUUACAAGUACCAUUUCUGUUGAGACUGCAGAUUUCCAACUUUUAUUUCAGUGGUUCAGGUUAGUGUUAGGUCAGUACUAAGAAGUAAGCAUGUUUUCAUUAAUUUAAGUACUUCAAACUCUUGAAGAAAAUUCAGAAUGUAAGAACGGUAUGUUAUUGUAGUAAUUACUCUUUGAACAGGUUUAGUGUUUUGUCAUUAGUUCUGCCCUUUGGAUCAUUUUUUAAUUAAAUACUUUGGUUCAUGGGCCAAAGGGUUUACUUGACAAAUUUGUGUGACAGACUCUGAACAAUUCCUUUCCUCUGAAGUAUAAUUUAUGAAAUAAAAUGUACCAAUUUAAAGGGUACAGUUUGAUUUUUAACCAGUGAAACUAUGAUCCCAAUCAAGGUAUAGAUGCCAUCACCCCAAAAAGUUCUCUCCAUAUCCCUUUGCAGUCAGUUCAUUCCUACCCUAGGCCCAGAUGACCACUGAUCUUGUCAUUAUAGAUGAGUUUUGCCAGUUCAAGAACUUAAUGGAAUCAAAUAUUGUAAGCAUUCUCGUGUAGUACUUCAUUCUCUCUCAUUAUUGAGAUUGAUCCAUAUUGUUGAAUGUUUCACUAAUUUUUAUUUCUCAGUAUUUUUGUAUAUACCUUUAAAGCCCAUUCACUUGUUGGUGGAUCUUUGGUUUAUUUCCAGGUUUGGUUAUUAUGAAUAAAGUUGCUGUGAAUCCUUA